AUGAGGGACCGGCUUGAUCAGCUCAGAGCGACCCGCGACACCGAUGAUGCAGAUGAAGUGGAGGUGGCCGUGGACAACGCAGCCUUCAUGGAUGAGUUCUUCUCCCAGAUUGAGGAGAUCCGAACGAGCAUCGAGAAGAUUGACGAGAACGUGGCCGAGGUCAAGAAGCUCUACUCUGUCAUUCUCUCUGCGCCCACGUCGGACCAGAAAACUCAAGAGGACUUGGAGGCACUCACCAACGACAUCAAGAAGAUGGCCAACAACGCACGCAACAAGCUCAAAAGCAUCGAGCGCAGUCUGGAGUCUCCCGAGGAGCGGGUGUCGGCUGACCUGCGCAUACGGAAGUCCCAGCAUACCGUUCUGUCCCGCAAGUUCGUGGAGGUGAUGACCAAGUACAAUGAGGCACAAGUGGACUUCAGGGAGCGCAGUAAAGGACGCAUCCAGAGGCAGCUGGAGAUCACUGGUAAAUCCACAACAGAUGAGGAGCUGGAGGAAAUGCUGGAGGGCGGCAAUGCAGCGGUCUUCACUGCCGGGAUCGUGCAGUCGGGCAUCUCGCAGCAGGCCCUCAACGAGAUCGAGGCGCGCCACAAGGACAUCGUGAGGCUCGAGAGCAGCAUCAAGGAGCUCCAUGACAUGUUUGUGGACAUCGCCAUGCUGGUGGAGAACCAGGGCGGCAUGGUCGACAGGAUCGAGAGCAACAUGGACCAGUCGGUGGGCUUCGUGGAGAGAGGUGUAGCCGACACGAAGAAAGCGGCGAAGUUCCAGGCCGAGGCUCGCAGGAAGAAGAUGAUGAUCAUGUUGUGCUGCGUCAUUCUCAUCAUUGUCCUCAGUUCUGUUCUUUACAGUUUCUUCACUUAGAAAAGCACAGGUGCACCGACACCCCGUCCGACACCGACACCCGGCUCCAGGCUCUUCCGAAAUUGGAGGGAAACGAUGGCGGCGCCAUACGGACAGAGCUCAGCGGCCGCCGCCGCCGACGAGCCUGUGUCACACGUGUCGCUUUUGCACUUCACUCUGUCUUAUCGUCCCGCUCUCUGUUCCAUUAGUCUCCGUGGGUCCCCUGUCCGUCCGCCGCGGUGUCCCCGAGCGACGGGGUGUGUGUGUCGUAGUGUCAAUGCCCGCUG